AUGGACCCAUCGUUUCUGGAUACGUAUACGAGGAGCACGCUCGUUGGCCAGUCAGGUGACCUGGCCCCAGCCCCUCAGAGUAUACCACAACCAACGCCUAUAUCCGCAAACACUGUGCAAGAGCCGCUGAGAUCCAAAGUGUCGGAUAAGCGCGGGUUUUCUGGGGUGAGUUUUGACCCGGCGCUAUCAGACCAGUCUGAGGCCACGCUCGACACCACUGCGUUUGUCAAGACGCCGAGCAAAUCCCAGUCAACUUCACAGAAGCUGUCAUCGGCUGAAGCAACAGCCCUGUUAGAAGAGAAGGAAAACAGUCGGAAAUACGAUCUACUGAAAUGGCUGAUUCAUGAUCUGUAUAAGUACGGUAGUCCAGCGCAUAGCCUUGAGGAGUUUUCUUUCUACUUGGCACAAUCUUUUGGCAACCAUGAAACAUCGAUCCGUCUCGCCCCAACAGGAUUCUUCCUCAUUACUGGUCGGAAUACCGAGUUUGUGAAUGUGGAUAAGAGCGUCAACAUGGAUAGGCUGGCGCGCGUUCGGAAACUGGCCAUCAAAAUCAUCAAGGGAUUCGCCGAUCUCGACUAUGCGGAGGCGAAGAUCGCAGAGAUCCAGCUCCUUAAAGAACUAUAUGCGCGCCCUCUCAGACAUUUAUGCCAGGUUCCCUAUGCGAUAGGCUUUGCUAUAUUCUUCUUUGGUGGGGAUCUGAGUUGCAUCUACCUCGGAAUUAUAACCGGUGGCUUUAAUAGCCUGGUGCUGGGCUUGCAGUCGUACGGAUACCUCCAGUCUAUUGAGAAACUGACGACCUUCGUCUGCGCCUUUAUCGCCGGUCUCUGGUGCUCCUUGUUUGUCUAUUUAGGAUGGCAGACGAGCGGGUGCAGCUUUAGCUUAGCCCUGGGCAGCACCGCCUUUUUCUUUCCCGGUGUGACCAUCUCGUUCUCAGUGCUGGAGAUGGUGUCGGGGCUGCUCUCGGUCGGUGGAGUUCGGUACACCUACUCUCUGGUAGUGGGUCAUAUGUUGGCCGUGGCUCUGAUGUUCGCUGCAUAUCUCAUAUUCUUCUUCCAGGAAGUCGAAGUAGGGGCAGUAUUUGAUCCUUGUGAAAAUGCCGUAAUAUCGAUGCACCGGGCCUAUCGUAUCCCCGCGUACGCGCUGCUCUAUCCGGCCGCAAUUCUGUGCUACAACAUUCCGCCGAGGAUGUACCUCCCAUUCUUUGUGGUGCAGUUCUUCACCUGUUUGGUCAUCCAGGUAGCCAGCGCCAUCUCCGAGAUACCCUCGGCGUUGGCGACGGGCAUGGGAGUGUUCACAAUGACUGUUGUGAGCGGUCUGUUGUGCAAGCGCUUUAUGCGGUCGUUGCUGCGCUCCAUGGACUGUGCGCCCGUGUGUCUUCUGGUACCUACCAUUGAACUGGUGGUGCCUGGGUCGUCCAUAGUGAAGCAGCUGAUUGCCAUGAUGGUCCAGCCCAACAGCGAGAACAGCAGCCCUGCGGGGUAUAUCGUCACCAGUAUGGCAAUUGCCAUGGCUAUCUUGAUCGGGGAUGCGUUCUUGCACAUACUGCGAGUGGGGGGGGUGUUCAAGGUGCCCAUCUACAAAGGCCCCAUCAACAAUGUCCAUGAGGACGUUCUCUUCGACCCCGACUACAUCGCGAUGCAACUACCGGAAGAUGGGAAAGGGGGCGAUAUGUUUGUGAUGGUCAUGAUCAGGGAGGCGCAGAAACUGCCUGAGCCGCCGAUUGAAGAGGACAUCUGGAAUCCCUUCGUGGAUUGUAUGCAGAACGGAAAGACUGUGGCCAGGUCCAGCACAAAAAUCGAAACCCUCCACCCGGUGUGGGAUGAGGCGUUCAUACUGCCAAUGGACAACAGCGGCAAUGGUCAAGAGUUCGAGAUGAGAGUCAGAAACUAUACGCGCUUUGGGCAAAACGGGAACAUUGCAAGUGCCACCGUGCGGUUUGAGUGGGAUAGUGACAAGGUCGAUGCCAGGGUCAGUCUGACAUCGACAUCCUUCGGCAGCUCUGUGCACUUGGCAAACGAGGGGCAACUGACAGAUGCAUCAGAGAAGGACAGCAAUGGAGUGGAUACGGCAGAAAAGGAUGACACGGACAAAGACAGGGAGAGGCAACGACGUGUGCGCAUGUAUUGCGAUCAAGAACUCCUGGCAUCGGGUACAGACAUCAGCGUGGACUAUGAGGGCUGGCUGAUGUUGAGUGGGGAUAAAACGGAUGACCGUGCCGGUGAGCUACACGUGUCGGUGCGAUUACGGUCAAUCAAAGACAUCAGGGAACAGCUGGCCAAGGAAUCGCUCAAGAAACGGAUAUCAGAGGACAAUCGUGCCAAUAUGUACGUACGCAUGACCUCUCGUCCCUACGACCGACGCAUGAGACGGCUCAGUUCCAUCGUUACCACCAUGGAGGGAGAUAAGCAGCAGUCGUAUAGACUCGCGAGUAUGGCCAGCCAUAUGCUUCCAGAAAGGCGUGGCACAAUAACCUCCGACGCGAGCCUUGGCAUUGGUCAGGAAACCAUCGACGAGAUCAGCCAAGAGCAUCUGCGGGCCUGGAACCAGAACACAAACAUACACAUGCCAGAUGACACGAGCGUGUAUAGCCGUGCAAUGUCACAGCCAACACACGAUAGGGCGAGCAAUAGCGGCUCUAAUCUGGCAAUGCCUAUGCCCACCGAGAUCGAUGCGUUGCCGGGAACUGUCUCGGAUAUGCAGCAGAUGGGUACGGCCCAGGUGUCUACGUUAAGACAAACGGUUCUGACGGCAAACUUCCAGAAACAGCAUUCUUUGCCCACUGGGAGUGUGGAUGCUGAAACAGAGGUGUUAGUCGAUGAGGGUGGUAUGCGAGAUAUGAUGCGGUGGCGCAGAGCGACCUCUGAAGACGACGUCCAGGCUCUCGUAAUGCAACACGAAGCAGAUCGGAGAACCAGAUAUCCGCAGGCCGUAUUGCCAGACAGUGGCAAGGGGCCAGCCGAGCCACUUUCCAAGCGCAGCAGCUCCGGUAGUGGGACUGCAAACGACGAACCCCUUCCUAUUGUACGGGAAGUGAGCUACACAAACCUGUCCAAGCUCAGGUACGAACAAGAACUCUUGAGGCAACAACAAGAGAGUGCGCGAAUGAGGCAGACCGGCAUAGAACAAGAAAUCAAGGAUCUAGAAUCGAGAGGCCAUCCUGGCCCGGAAGCGGUCGAGAGCAGUGACAUCCCUCGCUUAUCGGAGGGUGCACAUGGUGUCUCAGCACAACCACAGACGCGCGCACAGGUCCAAACUCAGGAGCAGGGCAGUUUACAACGAGUGCAAAGUAGUCAAAAAGACAGCAAAACGAAUGGUCUACUAGAUGUUGAAUCUUUGCCGCCGCCAUCGCCCGUGUUCACGCAGCGGCCCGCACGUGACACGCAAACGUCAUACCUUGCAAGCAUACUUCAGACCUACAACCGCUCAUCGCGGGGAUCUGCGGAUGCCUCGAUGCAAUCCGGUACCAGUGGAUUGAUUGAUGAGACCGCACACCCCCCGGCACAGUCUUAUGCGGAUGGAGACGAUGAAAGUAAACUGCGAACACAUGAGCAGCCGCGACCACUAUCACAAUCACUAUCACAAUCACAGCCACAGCUACAACAGCAAAUACGACAACGUCCACCGCCACUACAACAGCAGUAUUCCAAUUUUAUCACUACAUCCUUACGACAGAAAGUUAUGGACCUGAAAAGAAGAGAAACUCUAAACGAAGCGGAGGCAGAGGCCGAUGGCAAUAUAGACUACCACAGUUCGGGAAGUGCGACAGGUCAGUCGGACGCUACCGGUAGUGUGUUUUAUAGAGGAUUGAGUGGUGCCGCUUCUGAAAGCAGAAGUAACAUGGGAGAUUCGGUUGUGGACAUGCCAGUGUAUGGCCGCAGGGCUGGAUACGCUCCUAAUCAAGGAUCUAUAAGAGAGUUGCGGAAUAGGCGGCAAAGUGACGCGCGAGACGAUUCUAGGUCAGUAGUCAGAACUGAAAAUGAUGUCCAAUUAAGGGGGGUUCUGGGGAGAACGACUAGUAUGGCUACGCCCUCGAGCUUAAGGCCAUAUACAGGGCUCCCUAAAAGAUCCACCUUCCAAGGGAAGAAAUCCGGUAAAUAUUUAUAAUAAAUAGAUUAAACAC